CGCCGCCAACGGGGCUGUCCCUGUAGCUCCCGAUGGAGUUUGAGGUCGUAGAGCCGCCGCCGAGCUCUGCCCCGGCGAGACGAGGCGCCUCCGUCGCCGAGCCGCGCCGUCGCGGGGCUCCCUGGAGCGGCCCUUAGCGACCCCGCCCGGGCCCUCUCAGCUUACAAAACACUACACAGCAAAAUAAUGAUCUGCUAGACUGCUAACCGGAGCAUCCAGCUUCCACAAUGCCUGUGCAGGCAGCUCAAUGGACAGAGUUUCUGUCCUGUCCAAUCUGCUAUAAUGAGUUUGAUGAGAAUGUGCACAAACCCAUCAGUUUAGGUUGCUCGCACACGGUUUGCAAGACCUGCCUGAAUAAACUUCACCGGAAAGCUUGUCCUUUUGACCAGACUGCCAUCAACACAGACAUUGAUGUACUUCCCGUCAAUUUUGCACUUCUCCAGUUAGUUGGAGCCCAGGUACCAGAUCAUCAGUCAAUAAAGUUGAGUAGUAAUCUAGGUGAGAACAAACACUAUGAGGUUGCAAAGAAAUGUUCGAUCACACUUAAACCUUUUAACGCAGGGAGAAGUGUAGCUAGUUUGAAUCAGAGUGCACUGAGCCGACCAAUGCAAAGGAAGCUGGUGACACUUGUCAACUGCCAGCUGGUGGAGGAAGAAGGUCGCGUAAGAGCCAUGCGAGCAGCCCGUUCACUUGGAGAAAGAACUGUAACAGAACUGAUAUUACAGCAUCAGAACCCUCAGCAGCUGUCUGCCAACCUAUGGGCUGCUGUUAGGGCUCGAGGAUGUCAGUUUCUAGGGCCAGCUAUGCAAGAAGAAGCCUUGAAACUGGUGUUGCUGGCAUUAGAAGAUGGUUCUGCCCUCUCAAGGAAAGUUCUGGUACUUUUUGUUGUACAAAGGCUAGAACCAAGAUUUCCUCAGGCAUCAAAAACGAGUAUUGGUCAUGUUGUGCAACUAUUGUAUCGAGCAUCUUGUUUUAAGGUCACCAAAAGGGAUGAAGACUCUUCUCUGAUGCAACUAAAGGAGGAAUUUCGGAGUUACGAGGCGUUACGCAGAGAACAUGAUGCACAGAUUGUCCACAUUGCUAUGGAAGCAGGACUUCGCAUUUCACCCGAGCAGUGGUCCUCCCUUCUGUAUGGUGACCUAGCACAUAAAUCACACAUGCAAUCUAUCAUUGAUAAGCUCCAGUCUCCAGAAUCAUUUGCAAAGAGUGUCCAGGAAUUGACAAUUGUUUUGCAACGUACAGGUGACCCGGCUAACUUAAAUAGACUGAGACCUCAUUUAGAGCUUCUUGCAAACAUAGAUCCUAACCCAGAUGCCGUUUCGCCAACAUGGGAGCAACUUGAAAAUGCGAUGGUAGCUGUUAAAACAGUGGUUCAUGGACUUGUAGAUUUCAUACAGAAUUACAGUAGAAAAGGCCAUGAAGCACCUCAGCCCCAGCCAAACAGUAAAUACAAGACUAGCAUGUGCCGAGAUCUACGACAGCAAGGGGGGUGUCCACGAGGAACAAAUUGUACAUUUGCCCAUUCUCAGGAAGAACUUGAAAAGUAUCGAUUACGGAACAAAAAGAUCAAUGCGACUGUAAGGACGUUUCCUCUUCUAAAUAAAGGUGGUGUAAACCACACUGUCCCAAGCACAGCCGGAAAUGUCAUUUCUGUCAUAGGAAGUACUGAACCAACGGGGAAAAUGGUUCCAAGUGCAAAUGGAAUUUCAAAUGCAGAAAACAGUGUUUCCCCACUAAUCCCACGUAGUACUGAUAAUACACUGAGAGUUCUGGAGACUGUGAAGAAAGUUGGGAAAGUUGUAACUAAUGGUCAGAAUGCUGCUGGGCCCACUGCAGAGUCUGUAACUGAAAAUAAAAUUGGUUCUCCACCCAAGACUCCUGUAAGUAAUGUAGCAGCUACCUCAGCUGGGCCCCUUAGUGUUGGAACAGAGCUGAACUCUGUGCCUCCCAAAUCCAGCCCAUUUGUAACUAGAGUACCACUAUAUCCUCAGCAUUCUGAAAACAUUCAGUAUUUUCAAGAUCCAAGGACUCAGAUACCCUUUGAAGUUCCACAAUACCCACAGACAGGAUACUAUCCACCACCUCCAACGGUACCAGCUGGUGUGGCUCCUUGUGUUCCUCGCUUUGUGAGGUCCAAUAACGUUCCAGAGUCCUCCCUCCCACCUGCUUCCGUGCCAUAUGUCGAUCAUUACAGCACAUUUUCCCCUCGAGAUCGAAUGAAUUCUUCUCCCUACCAACCUCCUCCACAGCCGUUUGGACCAGUUCCUCCAGUUCCUUCUGGAAUGUACGCUCCUGUGUAUGACAGCAGGCGCAUCUGGCGCCCACCUAUGUACCAACGAGAUGACAUUAUUAGAAGUAAUUCUUUACCUCCAAUGGAUAUGAUGCACUCGUCUGUCUAUCAGACUCCUUUACGGGAAAGAUAUAACUCACUAGAUGGGUAUUACUCAGUGGCUUGUCAGCCACCAAGUGAGCCAAGGACAACUGUGCCUUUACCAAGGGAACCUUGUGGUCAUUUGAAGACCAGUUAUGAGGAGCAAAUAAGAAGAAAGCCAGAGCAGUGGGCACAGUACCACACUCAGAAGGCGCCUCUUGUCUCUUCAACUCUUCCUGUGGCUACCCAGUCGCCAACACCGCCUUCUCCUCUACUCAGUGUAGACUUUCGCUCUGAUUUCUCCGAGAGUGUGAGUGGUACAAAAUUUGAAGAAGAUCAUCUUUCCCAUUACUCUCCCUGGUCUUGUGGUACCAUAGGCUCCUGUAUAAAUGCCAUCGAUUCAGAGCCCAAAGAUGUAAUUGCUAAUUCAAAUGCCGUGUUAAUGGACUUGGACAGCGGAGAUGUUAAGAGAAGAGUACAUUUAUUUGAAACUCAGAGAAGGACAAAAGAAGAAGACCCAAUCAUUCCUUUUAGUGAUGGACCUAUCAUCUCAAAAUGGGGUGCGAUUUCCAGAUCUUCUCGUACAGGCUACCAUACCACAGAUCCCGUCCAGGCCACUGCUUCCCAAGGAAGUGCGACUAAACCCAUCAGUGUGUCAGAUUAUGUUCCUUAUGUUAAUGCUGUUGAUUCAAGAUGGAGUUCAUAUGGCAAUGAGGCGACGUCCUCAGCACACUACAUUGAACGGGACAGAUUCAUUGUUACUGAUUUAUCCGGUCAUAGAAAGCAUUCCAGUACUGGAGACCUUUUGAGCAUUGAACUUCAGCAGGCCAAGAGUAACUCAUUGCUUCUUCAGAGGGAGGCCAAUGCGCUGGCCAUGCAACAGAAGUGGAAUUCCCUAGAUGAGGGUCGUCACCUUGCUUUAAAUCUUCUAAGCAAGGAAAUUGAGUUAAGAAAUGGAGAGAAUGAUUAUACAGAAGAUGCAACAGAUACAAAGCCUGAUAGGGAUAUUGAAUUAGAGCUUUCAGCACUUGAUACAGAUGAGCCUGAUGGACAAGGUGAACAAAUUGAAGAGAUCCUUGACAUACAACUUGGUAUCAGUUCUCAAAAUGAUCAGUUGAUGAAUGGAACAGCAGUGGAAAAUGGACAUCCAGUCCAGCAGCACCAAAAGGAGCCACUAGAGCAGAAGAGACAGAGUUUAGGUGAAGACCAUGUGAUUCUGGAGGAGCAAAAAACAGUUCUGCCGGUAACUUCUUGCUUUAGCCAACCCCAUCCAGUGUCCAUUGGCAAUGCAAGUUGCCUCCCCAUCACCACAUCCGCCAGUGUUGGCAGCCUCAUUCUGAAAACUCAUGUUAUGUCUGAGGAUAAAAAUGACUUUUUAAAACCUGUUACAAAUGGGAAGAUGGUUAACAGCUGAAAGGAGGUUCAUCUUUCAAAUUUGUGACCACACCAUGGAAGCAUUUACAGUAGCUUUUUAUAUAUAUAAUAUAUAUUAUAUAAUGUAUAUUUUUUUUAAAAAAAAGAUAUUACUGGGCAUCCAUUUCCUGUGGACUCUUUGAUACUUCAGGCCCUCUUGCAUUAGCAUUCUGAAAAGAAAAAAAAAAGAAAAUUUACUUUAGUAGGAUAACAUGUUCACUUUCCAGAAGUGGUUGGAAUUUGGACAACAUUUAACUUAAGCUUCAAGCAGCUUUUUAUGAGUUUGUAGCAAUCCGGUGCAGUAACUGAGCCAUUUCCUGUCUAAAUGGCUUCUAUAGAAAAUUAACAACUCAGUUAUUAACUAGCAGGAUCCUACAAUGAUACAUCUAGUGAAAGUAGACUUAAUUAACUUAUUUAUUUCUAUUUUUUGUUUCACUGAGAGAAAUUUCCAUCUCAUUCCAGCUGCUUUAUUUAUCUUUUGUCAUUGGACUUUGCAUGGAUUUUUUUUAUUUUAAUUCUUGGAGAGUGGAAUUAGGCAUUAUUACUAUAGAAUUGUACAGGGUUACACUAGCUUUCUUUACUGCAUUAUAUGUAGGAGUGUGGUGCAGUGCUUUUAUCUGUAGCAUUUAAAACUUUUUUAAUUUUCCAUUUUUCACAGAUAGUUUCUGCUUUAUUACUAUUAAUAUUUAUACACAGGCUACUUGUUGAAGUAAGUAAUUAAAAAUAUAACCAAGUGCCUAAGUCUUUCAGCUGAUGUACUAGAUAUUAAAUUCUCCUAAGUUAUGCAGAAUCGUUUUUACAAUUUUGAUAAAUUAUGCACUAAUGUAAUGGCAGUUUUUUAAAUGCAGAGUUAAGCCUGUACAUUGCUGAAUCGGAUGACUUGGCAAAAGAAUCAGGUGCUUUCAGCUUUCAUGAGAAAACCCUGUAUGUAGCGUUUGCACUGACUAACAAGAUGGUGUUGCUGGGUUUUUAAUUUGAACUAAUUGAUUUGUAUGCUCAUCACAUUAUCUUAGUUAACUGGUGUUUAUUGUUAUUUCAUGUUCAGGUUUAAUUUUGCUUGUUUUAUGUCUGAGAAGAUUAUGAACCAUAUAAUAAUAGAACAUUGGCUAACCUUUAUUCAUACUUAAAAACAUGAAUAAUUUCUGUCCUCCUAAAAUGUGACUGAAAUUGUGUUGACUUGCAUCUGAAAGUGUGCAGUAUGUUCAGUCAGUCAUGCCUAAGACUGUGGGAGGUGUUUGAUUGGAGUCUGAAUUUCAGUCAACAUUUUGAAAACAAAAGCUGGGCAUUCCUUUCUGGUGAUCUUACCUCCGUUUGUCUUUUUGUUUUCCCUCCCCCAUUUCUUUCAGAUUACUUUGACUUUUAUUAUUAUUAUUUUUAAAUUAACUUCUGUGAAGUUGUUUACUCUGAAAAUUGUACUGGAAUAUUUUAAGCCAAGCUGAUCUUUCACCAGGUGUACUGUAUGUAAGGGCUUUUCCUGCUAGCAAGAUGCUUCAACAGGAUCAUGUUAUUGGUCGUUUGAGCUAUUUCGUUGUUGUACAAAACCACAGCAUUAUAUCAGAUAAGGUUUUGAUAAAAAAGUUUUGUGCACAUUUCCAGGGGCGGGAGGGUUGACAUUUCCCUGAAAUUUCUUGAUCAGAAUGAGUAAAUAACUGGUGUUUGAUACCUGUCUUAAUGAACAUGCUCCUAAGGUGACUGAUAAGUUGUAAAUAUACCUGAGUAACAAAGGGGGUAGUUUUGAUAUUCUGGUAUCAGUAUGGAAGAUCUUACACACUUAAUUGAAUACGCAAAUGGAUGAAGAUGUUUGCUUGUAGCAUAAUGCACAGUAGCCUUGACUUCCUUUCCUUUGGUUAGACUGUACCUUUUGAUAUGGCCAGUGCUCCCCAUCCCUACAAAGACGUUUUAUUUAUUUCUCUCUGUUACCUGAAGUGAAUAGGAACAAGAGUUUUAAACCAUGUUACAUUAACUUAUUUAUGACAUUUUAAAUUAGCAUAGGAUAUUCAAGAACAUGAUUAUUAUAUAAUUUAUAUCAGAACCUUUCUAUAAAUAUGUGCUUAUUACAUUUGAAAUGCUUCCAAUGUACUUUAAUUUGUUGUUUGUAAUUCCAAAAAGGAUAUGCAAACCAGUAUGUCUAUUUCAUGGAUAUUUAAAAAGUGAGAUCUUCCAUGUUGAAGGUAAUGUAUUUUUUUUUAAGAUUUUAAAAUUGCUAUUUUGUUACAAAAUAGAGACCUAUUAACAGUUGGAGAGCUCCUUAUGUGCCCUCAGGGAAAGAGCCCUCUGUGCAACAGAGCUACAUAAGAACAUCUUCAGCACGUUCUGAGGGUGAAUAUAUACUACAUAAAUUGAUCUUGUGUAUUUAACCUAUCUCUUUAAUUUUAAAAUUGAACAUUUGAAACAUGGCUGUGCUCUGCUAGAAGGGGUUUGGGAUAAACUGCUUAGGUAUUUGCCUACCUGUCCAGUGAAAUUACAUUUGUAUCAGUGUAUGUAUAUACCUGCCAACCUUAUCGGUAUGUCUCAGAGCACUCAUAUGAAAAUAAUGCUUGUCUUGCAGCAGGUGAUUCCAUAAAAUAAUACCUCCCUGUUCUUAAAAGUUCACUCUCAUUCUCACUGACAGCAUAGGAACGACUUCUGUGUUGGGAUUAUUCUGUAUUGCAUUCUUUUUCCAUGUUAUGUAGUGACCUGACCACCUUCUGUUUGUCACAGUGGGUUGAUGAUGAAGCAAAUUGUUUCCCUGCCAUUUUACAAGAAAACGUAGGUUACCUGAUCCUUCUUCCAAAGGAUAGCCCUGAUGUCAUAGAGGAAAAAGCAGCUACACAUCAGAUCUAAGAUACGGCCUUUUAGAUUUGGAGACAUUGCCUUUAACCCUUUGGCCAACACGAUGUGAUCGUCACAUGUUUGGAAUUAAAAGAGAUAAAGCAACAGGAGAAUAAAUCUGCAGUGUUGAACUAAUGUGCAUGCCAGGGCUAUAGUCUGAUAAUCAGGAAAACGUGGGCUGCUGCCUGGAGAGCAGGAAAGCUAUGUAUUUCUCCUCCUUUUUUUACUUUUCUAUGAUCCAUUUUAUUUGAUAAAUUUUGAGAAAACUUCACAUUUCAUCUAGUUAGUACCUGCGUAAAGUUGAUUCCUUUGCCUUUGCUGCCAUGACUUACUUUGAAUGCCAUAUGAUGAGCCAGUGCCCUGCAUGCACCCUGUGCAGUGGCAUUUUCAAGAGAAGGUAAUUUAUUAGGCCAUUGGCACUGACUAUUUACGUAGUAGGUAUUUAUUACAGUAAGAGAGUAGUGAAAUAAACCUAUUAGAACUGAAAUUUUCCAGUUAUAAGGGCCUGGUUCACUCAAAUUUCAAGUUGAUGUUAAGUAUAUAAAGCACAUCCCAAUGUUAUAUGCUGCCUUAAGAAAAUUAUAGGAUGCAUAGUCAUUUGUAGGAAUUGAAAACGAGAUAAUUUAGACAUUUGGAAGAAAAGUUGUUUUAAAAAUCAUCUAGCUUGCUUUUGCAUUUUAGGUGUUAAGCCCAUGUUUGUUUUGUUAAUAGGGGUAAGAUUGAUAAAGAUCAGAUUCCGCAUAUAAUUUCAAUUUUGAAUCUGUAUUUCUUCCCUGGCUGCUUUUGAGCAGACUGUACCGUUAUUGGUAACUAACUGAUCAUUAAAGGGGAAAACUUGCAUUGCAACUAUGUAUGCUUCCCGGAAGAACUUUUGUGUCUUAGUGAAUGAAGAGAGUUGAUGGGAUCACUAACUGUAACUCCUACAUAGGGACCCCUUCUGCAAAGCAGAGCACAGAUGAAUAUGCUCAAGGAGUAUUCCAUUUUCUGCUUAUUGAAUAAAUUUGCUAGUAACUCCUUUACACUAGCAGUUUCUUUGUAUGUCUUUGCUGGCAAGGAAAUACAAGGAGUGAGUCAAAGCCACAGACCAGAAUAUCCCACAUUGGAGUACAGUCCAAUUUUUACUCCAAGAGCUGUUAUUCCCUCAAGUCUGGAAUUGGCAGUUUUUGUUUUGUUUUCAUAAAAGCUUAAAAAAAACAUCCCCAAACCAGUGGAACGUAGUCACUGGCUGCACUUAGUACUGCCAAAAGCCAAGAUCAUUUGCACAUAUUCCAUCAACCUUUCAAGAAUUAGGCCUCACUUUAAUAACCCAAGGCAUGGAAGUGCAUGCAUUCUCUUAGCUGGGCAAACAAUUAUACUGUAGUUGUGAUACAACACAUGUGGCUUUUAUUUGUACUGCACAUACCCACUGUACAGCCACUUUGGAGUAUCGUGGUUAGCUUACAGCAACUGCUGUCUGCAUUUAUACUGUUUAUUGCAUAUUCUUUUCCCUGGAAGUGAAAGAGAAAUGUUUUUCUUGUUGCGGUGAUACAUUUUAUAAAUUUGCUUAGACGGAAAGUUUGGGAAAAGAGGCCUGUUUGUCAAUUGUACAACCGAUUGUGAAGCUCUAGUGUGAAUAUUUUUACGUCUGUAUUAGACAUUUUCUUUUCAAAUCUAUUGUUCGAUUGAAAUGUAAAUGAAAUUAAAGAUGGUGUACACCCAUCAUGUAAAAAGCAGGCACCAUCUCUAAGAUGGAUUUAAUGCUCAUUUUUAAGGCAUAUUCUCAGCUUCUAUUUAAAACUAUAAUUUAAAAUAAUUCUGUACAAUGAAAUGGGAACUAUAUAUGGGAAUAAAUUCUAUUCCAUUUAUUUCAAUUUGAAUUUCCAAAUUGUAAUGUUUCCCUUUGUGCUAUAGGAAUAGGAUUAAAUGGGGAAAGGCUAGGGCUUAUAUGGCUUGUAUAUGGGGGGAGGGCCGAGAUGGAACAAUGAGGGUUGUGAUGAUAGUGAAUAGCAAAGAGUGAAUUCUGUGUGUUUUGCUGUAGCACUGAAGUGAAGAGAUAGUAGCUUUGGCUGUUCACAGAAUAGAGCAUCAUGAUUUUCAGUGUUUGAGAGAAAAUUGAUGGAAAGUUGCAGUACUUGACAUGUAUUUGCAUGAACAAAAUAAAAUUAUUUGUCCACCUUA